AUGAGUCGCCUCCCACCAGACUCGUACACUGCUCGCCGGCUCGAGCAUGCGACCCCAGAGCACCUGCACCUCACCACACGCCGAACCUUCAUCGGACCCAUACCGGAAGGAUGGCUGAACAGCCACCGGAAGCAAUGGUACAGAUACUACGUCAAGCAAGGCGGCAACCGGGCGCCGACCUUCACAGCAGCGCCGACUGUAGACGCAGGCGAUGACACGACUGGACAUGCUGACGAGGUACUGCACGAAGAGGUACCAAGGCCCUCGAGUCAGAGUACCGACACCCACCAGACACAGCAGACCGACACUGGAACGGGUCCAGCAACGACGAGCAGCACGAGUCUGCUACGGAGUCAGCGCAACAGCGCGCUGGAUACCGCCAGCGAGCGCUACCAGGAUGCGCCCACAACCCAGAGCACAUCCUUCGCGGAAGAGCACGAGGCUAGCGUCGAGUCGGUACAACGAGAUGGAGGCAUGCAGCAGCGGCCAAGCGAUUUUCUGAAUCCGAGAAGGGUGUCCAGCAAGGUACAAGCGCCGAAGGUGCGCUUCAGUGAGGCCUCGAAGUUACAGCUGCGGAGCCGAGCGCAACGAAUCGCCGCAAAGGGCAACUUCAGAAUGAGCAAGAUCAAGCCGGGCGAGCUGAUGAAGAUGGACAAGAUGCUUGUGAGGAUCGACAUCACGCAACAGACAAUCAGAGAGGACUACGACGAGAGGGUCAGUCUGGGAGUGGAAACAAAGUCGAUGGACAAGUGGCGAGAAUUCAUGGUGACUUGUCGAAAGCAUGAGCAGGGUGCUGUGCUGCAGCUCUACCAAACACGCGUGAUCGCGUCGACUGCGGACAAGACGAAGCAGAAGCCAAAAGCCCAGAUCAUCAUGAGCCAAUACCGAGCCAAAGUCAACAUGUUUUCGAGCCUUGACAAGACGCUCUGUAUCUGGACUCAGGAGAAGAAUCGGACCUACAUCUACUUCUUGCGGCCUCAAUCUGGGGCGGCGGCAGUCGAGUGGUAUACAUUCCUGCGAUCUGUGCUUGGACUAGGACGGCCGAGGUCACUGCAGGUCAACGUUCCUGAUCUGGGUGUGAGCUUGCGUCUUGAUGACCCUUUCAAGACAUUGGAGACUUCAGAAGUGCUCAAGGAGGCCGCUGCAGGAAACGAGGAAGCCAUCGCGAAGGCCGUGUCGGAUGAGCAAGGAGCCGCGGGUGCCAUUGUAGCGCGCUGUAUUGAUAUGCUCAGGCAGUCGCAGCAAUGGACAGACGUUAUCGAAUCAUGGACGAAGAACGACCGCAUUGGCUUGGCCUGGAAGCGGUACGAUCGUCUGGAGUGGAUUCACGGUGCAGUCGAGCAGAAGAUGUAUGGUACGAUCGCCAUGCAACGAACUCACGACUUGGAGCUGCGCCCGAAAGACCACUAUCCGCUUCAAGCCAAGACGAAGAAGGGCAACACUGUUGAGGAGCCAACACCCGUUGAAGGCUUCUUGGUCCGUUUGACCUCGCAGCAGGGGCACGCAAAGCGCAUGGGCAGAAUGCAAUUCAAGCGACUCUACUUCACCACGCAGAACCAGUAUAUGGUCUUCCUGCGACCGGCGCGAGCGAAGCCGCCUCCACCUCCUAGAAUGAGGCCGAGGGAUGGUGGCAAUGCGCCAUCGAAGCAGCAGCUCAUCAACGACACGCCACUCUACUACGACGUCGAGCCAUUUCCGCUUGACGACGAAGGACGAGUGGCUUGGCUCGACACAGAAGGCAUAAAGUCUACCGCUCAGCUGGCGACUCACGAUCAAGAAGCCGCUAUCGAAGCCGAUCGGAACACUGAUAUGCUGAUGGCCUGCGACGGCUUCAUCGACAUGGUCGACAUCAAACGCGUACGCAAGUUCCACAAAGGCGCCACCCCUCUCGAUGAAAACCUCGAUUCGGGCUCCGACGUCGACUUCCAAGACGCCACCUCCAAUCGCACCGCUAACGAUGGCAGCACAAGCGAAUUAGAUGAAGACCGCACGUUCGAGCUACUGCUCACAAACGGGCUCGUCAUCCGCCUGCAGGCCUACAAUCAGCAGUCCAGCAUCGUUUGGAUGUCCCGGCUGCGCAAAUUAGUCAAGUACUGGCAUCACCGCGCGAAGGAGGACAUGGACCUCUACAAAUCCGUCCGUGAGCAGAACCUGCAAGCCCUCCAGAUCGAUGAGCGCGCCGAGGCGCAAGUCGGCAGCUUCGCGUACAAAUGGGAAGUCAGCCAAUCCUACGCUUCACCCAUUAUGUACAACCUCUGCGGCAUCUCCUCCUGCCGCUCCAUCCACAUGAGCGGUCUGCUCUUCCGCAAACCCCGCCGGCACGCUACGUUCACACGAUGCUACGUCAUCCUCUCCGCCGGCCACCUGCUCAUCUUCCAAGACACACUCCGUAAAAGCGGCACCGGGCAGAAACUCGUGCAAAUCCACCACGAGCGCCUCGGCAGCGUGGACCUCAAAGGCUGCUACCUCUACUCCGGCCUCUUGACAGAAAACGACCUGCUCUACCAAAAUCAGACCUUCGACUCCAACGCCCCCGGCCACCACGCCUUACCACGCAUCUACCUCGAGGACGGCUGGACGAGCACGGACGAGGACGCAAUGACGUGUUUUGUCCUCUGGCAUGCUAAGAGCAAGUCCUGGUUCCGCAGCUCUCAUCUCGUCGACGAUGUGCGUUCGAAUGAGCGCAAGCGGGGUCUUAACCCCGAAGAUGGGCAGGCGGGAGGUGGGACGAGGGCGCAGACGAAGACGAAGAUGACAAGGGUGAGUCAGUUGGGGGUGACGGGGCGGAGUGUGGUGUUUAAGGCGAGGAGUCGGGCGGAGAGGGAUCGGUGGGUGUUGGCGAUUCAGGUGGAGAUUGAGCGGUUGGCGGCGCAGGGGGAGGAGGUGAGGUUGGAUGAGUGA